AUGUAUUUAAAGAUUUUAGAUCAAAAUGCGCAUUUAUUCAAUAACAAAACUGGAAAAAUUGUCAAAACAUAUAUAAAAUCCUGUGGAUUUUUUGACAAUAUCUUAGAUAUUUCUAAUGUUUUAAAACCAAUUAGUAAUACUAUUGUGUGUCUUGAAAGCAAAACUGCUAAUUUGGCUAACUGUUAUUUAGGUUAUAUUAAAUUAGCUAUUGCUAUUAAAAAUAUUUUUCAGGAUCAGAAUUUAAUGUUUUAUCGAAAAUGUACUUCAAUUUUUAAUGAAAGAUUUCGUACAUUCGACUAUGAUGAAUAUCUAUUAGCAUAUUAUUUACAUCCUGAAUAUCGAGCUGGAAUUGCAGGCCAUUUAUGGACUAGAAUGGUUGAAUCAAAAAUUAAAAAAGAUCUUAUAUAUCAUCUGUCGAUAGUCCAACUUGAUGGUGGAAAACUACAGGAUAUUGAUUUGUUUUCUGAAGAUGAUGAGAAAAAAGAUUUUGAUGAUUUGAACAAAUCCGAAGAUUCUGUUGAUUCUGAAGUGGAAGAUCAAGACUUGGAGAUAGAAAAUUUAAUAACUUUAAAUGAUAUUGGGUCAAAUAAUAAUGAAGAAGAUAUUAAUGAUGAUAAUAAUUUAGAUGAGGAAUUGGAUAGCAAUGAAAUUGAAAAAUUUGACGAAGAUAAAUUUGUUUGGGAAAUGUCAUCUGGCAUAGUCUUGAAAAGUAACUCAAGGAUAGACAAGUAG